UUCCAAAAUGGCCGUCUGUAAAGUAGUUAUUCAUCCAGUUGUGUUAUUUUCAAUCGUUGAUAGUUUUGAAAGGAGAAACGAAGAUGCGAAAAGGGUGAUUGGGACACUCUUAGGAACCAUUGAUAAGAAUAUUGUUGAAAUUAAGGGUUCUUUUUGUGUGCCACAUAACGAAUCAAAAGAUGAGGUAUGUCCCAAAAGGCAAAAACGUACUAUAAAAUGAAUCAUGAAUAUAUAUAUAUAUAUAUAUAUAUAUAUAUAUAUAUAUAUAUAUAUAUAUAUAUAUAUAUAUAUAUAUAUAUAUAUAUAUUGUGUAUACCCCGGCUGGUGGCUGCCCCCGGGACUAUGCAGGGAUUUUAGGGGUCACGUCCAUAUUCAUGUUGCCACGCAUAACGUCGAAUCGACGUUAACACUCAAACCCACCCACCCUAAAUAACGUCGAGCGUGGCAGUCACAUUCUUCAAAACUUUAACAAAAUUGUCAUUUUGCCACGAGAUUAUCGAGAUAACGUCGAGAGAAUUGAGAUAAACCCACCCACCCACUCAUAACGUCGAUUCGACGUUAUGCGUGGCAAUAUGAAUAUGGAUGUGACCCCUUAAUGCUUCAGUCAUUUGAAAUCACGCCCCCCACUCCCGGGACAUAGCGGAGAUUUAACGCUAUUUAACAAUGUGGUGGGGCGGUGGAAUUAACAACUUUUUUAUAACCGGGGAAUUGACCCAGGAUUUAACAGCCGCUAUAUAUAAAUACACCGGGGAUAAACUGGGGACUUAAAAUGACCGGAUAGGGUCAUAAAAACGAAAAUGGCGACUGGCGAAAAACGGUAAAUAUCGUUCCAUGUUUUGCGCACCAAUAUAGUAAACGUUAUGUAAUGGAUAUUAUAGUGCACUGAAAAGUUCACUAGAUACCUCCAUACACAUAUAACACACUGUAACCCUAACCUAACCCCUAACCCUAGUACUUACCCCCUAACCUAUAUUGGUGCGCGAAACAUGGAAUGAUAACCCGAAAAACUUCCUGGACAGGUAUGUGCGUUUGAAACUUUAUAUUUUAUACUUAAUCCUCAGCCAUCCGCUGCUGUUAAUAUUCAAUAAGUAUCAGGCAUCGCCUUUUCCAUUGUUUGGAUAUAUUUGGCAUUGUUUACUUUUUAUAUUUGCAUAUUUAUUUACAUUUUCAUAUCGAUAUUUUGAUAUGCAUGACCAGACAUUGUCAAUACAAUACAAUACUUGACGGAAAUUCAAUCUGGAAGUUGCGGAAGACAGGUAAUUCAAAUGCAUGCAUGAUGCGGAAUUUGUCUUGUUUAGGUACACUAAAGCCAGGCCAUACGAGGGUUUUAACAGACCAGUUUGCCCCAGGGGCAGGGGAUUUAAUGUUUUUUAACACUUGGUUGUGUUAAAUUCCCCGCUAUGUCCCGGGGGUGGGGGGCUGUGAUUUCAAAUGACUACCGCAUAACAUUUCACGAAUGUUAAAAACCUUGGCUCAAAAAUACCAUUCAGUUGUAAAAAGACUUAAAAACUGAGAAAUACAUAUAUAUAGACAUUGGCAUCAGAUUGGGUUGUUCAAUUGAACUUCGACAGUUGAUCAAGUAUAGUGAAGUACACAUAACCGCAUGCCUAGAGAGAAUGUAAGCCUAAGUCUGUACUUACUCUGUAACCAGGAUAUAUUGGUAUUUUUGCCAUGUCUAUUAUGGACAUGCUAUUAUAGACCAGUCGCAUCUAUUAUAAACAUGCUAUUAACAGAUAAAACGACAUAUACUAGCAAAGAUACAUAAAUAUACAUUAAUGAGUACUUGCCUCAAUGUCUUAAUCACUGCAUGUAAAUCGAUUAUCUAUGCUGAUGAUACAUUACUGUACUACUCUGCAUGGUCAGCAGCCGAACUUCAAGUAAAUAUUAACCCUCUCACUCUGAACUACAAGAAAACCAAGUUCAUGGUCUCUGCCAAUAGAAAACAGUUGUUCCACACAUAAACAUCACCAUUCAAAAUAAAAGAGAGAAAUCUAUGAAAUAUCUUGGAGUAUGAAAUUAUUUAAUUUUAAUUUUAUUACAUCACAUGACACAUGGCACAAGCAUAUUGACAACCUCAUCUCUAAAAUCAAUCCUGUGAAUCAACAACAACAACAACAACAACAACAACAACAACAAUUUAUUUUGCACCACCAAGUAAAAUAACAUUACAUGAUUUUUUUAAAUAUAUAAAUAUUAUGGCACAAGUCACCAGAAAUAAUAAAGACUAAACCAGUCUGGUGACCUUUUAUAAAAUAAAUGAAAUAAUGAGUUUUACAUCAUUUUGUAUAAUUAUAAAAGUAUAUUCAUGAAUACUUGUGGCAGCGCUAGUAAAUGAAAAUCAUAUUUUCCGCAAUUUUAUUCUUAAAGGAUGAUUUGCUAAGAGUUUUAUAUUUAUCAUCAAUAUCAUUCCAUGCUUUAGGACCCUGAAAUCAAAGACUGAAUUUGCCAUAGUUAGUUCUUAUUUUAUCAAUAUAAUAUGUAUUCUUAGAAGCUAAUCUGGUAUUAUGAUUAUGUAUUGAUGUGACCUGUUUGAAUAUGUUAUUAAAUGUAGCAGGAAGAUUCCCAUUAUGAUAAUCAUACAUGAAUAAAGCGUUGCUUGAAAAAAGGUCAACGAGCUUCAAAAUAAUAAGAUUUUUAAAUAAAGUAAAACUGUCUGUACCAAUGUAGGUAGUACCAAAGUGAAAAUGCUGUGCUGAGUGGUUAUAUUACUACCUUAAAAAAUAGAAUUUUUUAAGGUAGUAAUAUAACCACUCAGCACAGCAUUUUUUAAAUAAAGGACUAGAAUGAUCGUCAAAUUUAGAAAAAGUAAUAAUUCGAACUACUCUUUUUUGCAAGGUUAUUAUUGGGUUAAGAUUUGAAAUAUAGGUGUUUCCCAAUAUGUCAAAUAUGGGUAAAUUAAGGAAUAAUAAAAUUGUGUAAUUACAUGUGAGGUAACAAAUAUGACUUUUCCAAUUAAAGAUGCGGUACAGUCCGAUCUGCGCAUGUGCACAAAGGAGCCCUCUUUUUAUUUACAAACAGUUUAUUUAGGUUUUUAUUUCAUUUCAUGUUCUUGCAAAGCUUGAUUGUUGUGUCUUGAUAAUUUAUUAUACUCUAGAAUCAUGAAAAUAUAAAUAGUUGUCGAAUAAAAUUCAACAUACGGACUGUACCGCAUCUUUAAGAUUACAGUCUAUAUAGACCCCUUGCACAUGACGUCACAGCGCCGGUGACGAUGCAUCUGGAGGACAAAUUAGCAAUCUAUGCAUAAUAUAACUUUUGUAAACAAAGCAAAUUUUUUAAAAGUUUAUAAUAAUUUUGUAUUAAAAUGGUUAAUUCUUGCGCUGUGUGUGGUUGUUGUACCCAGACAGAUAUUGUUAGGGAGCAUCUGGAGGACACUCUAAGGAUUUGUGACGUCAGUGCAAAGGGUCUAUAGAUUCGAUCCUAAAUACUUGAGACUAGUUUCUUUUUAAUUUGCACUUGAUUAAUAAAUAUUUUUAUUGUGGACGUAAUUUUCUUUUGAGGUGGGUGAAAAAUAACAAAAUUUGUCUUAUCAUUACGGGAAAGUUUAUUACAGUUAAUCCAGGAAUUAAUAUUUACGAUAUUAUUAUUAACAAGAUCUUGUCUAAAAGUACACAUGAGUGACCACGAGUGAUUUCUGUGUUUAAAAGUCAUAAAAUAAUAAUAAAAAAACUAUUUUAAGGUGGCUCCAUAGGGUUUUUGCAUUAUACUACACUUUUGUAUCCAGAAAACAAUGCUCUCCUGAACAUUGCAAUGUGCUACUUUUGCGCAGAAAGUCUGUUACCAUGGCAACAGCGUGCUUAGGACACAGAAUAGGAAGUUAUACCAAAAGCGUAACUCUAGUCGUUUCCCUUAUUGUUUGACGUCCACGAAAAUUUUUAACUCGCUCACGUCAGGCCACGCCAUCCUGGCUAGUACCAUAGAAUAUAUAAUCGACCAGAAGUCUCACUGUACACCUUUCCUUAACAUUUUCGUGUCCGCGAUUUUCGCCUUGCGGAUCACGAAUUUCGCACGCUAGAUGACGUGUGUGACACUUGCUGCGAACAUCACGUCAGCGUUCGUCAGCAAAACGGUUAAAACAGCAAUCUUUAUUACCUGGUAAUGGCAAUUGAUGGCGUAAUUGCUCGCGUUUUAUGGCGUGGAUUACACUUGCUGGCUCGCGCCUGCGCAUAAAAAAUCUCGGACAUAAUUUUGGCUGAGUGAGGCUUCUGGUCUUAUUUUCUAUUCUGUGCUAGUACAGCCGGAAGUUUUUAUCAGGAUUUGGUAGGUACAAAGUGCCGGUUGUACUAGCCAGGAUGGCGUGAUUGAUGACGAAUCGCUUGUAAAAACGCGGACAAAUAUUUGCUCGAGUUACGCUUCUGGUAUAACUUCCUAUUCUGUGUUUAGGAUAAGGCUCAAAAUUUGUCUUUUUUCGGCCAUUUUAAAAAUCCUUUCGGGAAUUUUUUUUAGUUUUUCGACACACGUCAGUCUACAGGAACAUAGCAAAGCAUCUGAAGUUGGGGGAGGGGGGUUGUCAGAGGAUUUUACCUGAAAUUUGAAUUUUUAAUUAAGAAAUAUUUACCGAAAGUGUAAUAAUUAUAAUAAAGCUUCUUGUGAUAAUCACUUGUACUGUCAUACUAAGUUUCGGGAGAAAACGGGGGUUUGGGGGGUCCUCCCCCCAAAAAUUGUUCCAUUUUUGAAGCUCUAGGACUGCAAUUCUGGCGUUUUCUGAAGCAAAUUCGCAAACAAAUUGGAUGUAAAUUGACUGUAUAUUUUACAAAAAUGGUUAUCAUUUCACACAAAUAAUUACAUUAUUACGCAAAUUUUACCUGAAAAUAUCAAAAUUUGUGGGGGGUGGAGGGUUCACGUCACAUCUCGCAAAAAAUGCCAAAAUUAAACCUAAAUUUCACCUUUUUCCUUCGGUAAAUUGUUUUAAAACUUUGCACAUUUCUUAAUAUCGGCUAAACAAGCUCAAUAUCUUUUUUUCUUAAAAUUUUAUUGAAGGGAAUAAUCUAAGAAACGUUCCAUAAAUUUUUUUAAAAUUGAAGAAAAAAUCAUACGAGAACUGAUCUUUUGUGCAAAUUUUAAAAUUUUUAACACGGCCGGAAAAAGACAAAAUUUGAGCUUAAUUAUCCAAAGCACGCUGUCACCAUGGUAACGGACUUUCAGCGCAAAAGUAGUUAAUUGCAAUGUUCAGGACAGCAUUGUUAAUGUGUCCAAUAAAUUUCGUCUUCGUGUCAUGUAAAGUGAAGAAACAGGAGUUUUCUGGAUACAAAAGUGUAGUAUAAUGCAAAAACCCUAUGGAGCCACCUUAAAAUAGUUUUUUUUAUUAUUUUAUGACUUUUAAACACAGAAAUCACUCGUGGUCAUUGGUGGUCACUCGUGGUCAUUCGUGGUCAUUCGUGGUCGCUCGUGGUCACUCGUGUGUACUUUUAGACAAGACCUUAUUAACAAUAAUCAAUCAAAGACUUGAAUGAAUCAAAGACAAUGAAUCAAUCAAAGACUUGGAGUUUUACGACGCAUCAAACAUUUUGGGAUUUAGAUACACUUUAUGUUCUGUAUACAUCACUAAUACAUGCUUCAAUUGACCAAGGAAAUUUGUCACAAGACUAUUCAAGAUCAUGUGUUAAUUUGUUUAUAACUGGAAUAUUGCAUAAUAUAUUUGAACAAAGCUUAACAAUCUAUACUCUGCUGUUUGCUGUCAGUCCAUGCCUACCUUUUAUCUACCAAUUUAAAGGUCGAUAAAAUUUCUAAUUUUCCCCCCACAAAUUGGAUCAAUAAUACAUACAAUAUAUUAUCAAUACAAUUACAUAAGAAUUAUGAAUAACUUGAAGAUCCAAAAAGACAAGGUAUACGAACGGGACUCUUACCCAUUUCAAGGCACCUCAAGAAUUUAGAUUUUGUGGACUUAAAUGUUAGGCCUGUUUUAUACGUCGAAUUUUGGUCGUGUCGAAUGCAUUUAAGACAAUUAGAUAAUGAUUAAUGAGAUAAUGAUAAUUAGAUAAACCUCAUUAAGAAUAGGUAAUCACACGGGAAGGAAUGCAAUUAAUGAUUAACACUACAAGUGAUAUUUGAAAAAAUGUGCCAAAAUGCACGAGCCGCCGCUUCAUUAUCUAUUGUUUGAAUUGCAUCAGUCGACGCGACCGAAAUUCGACGUAUAAAACAGGCCUUAGGCCCGUUUUAAACCUCAUUUAAAAUAAACCUCAAUUAGCUUCAUUAAUAUCUAUUUUUUGAAUUGGAUUCGACGCGACCAAAAUUCAACGUAUAAUUAUAAAACAGAUCCUGAACUGGAGUCAAAUCAAUAUAGCAGGCAGAAAAUUAGAAUUGUUUUUGGUUUAAUAUAAUUUAAAAGAAUGCGAAAAGAAAAGAAAAGAACGCAAUUUUUUGUCAGUAGAUUUUGACGGUCUGGGAUGUUUAUUUAUUUAUUUAUUUAUUUAUUUAUUUAUUUAUUUAUUUAUUUAUUAAACUUUGCAACACAAAACGUACACACAAACAUAUAACAUAAUAACAGCAGAACAUGUACGUCACUGAAUCUAACAACGAAUGGCGGGGACAGCACGACAGUAUAAACCUAUUACUAUACGGAAUGUUUAAUUUGUUUUUUCUAGCAUUGUAAAUAUUCGAAGUUCAUAUUUUAUCAUGAUUGUUUUUAAGGUGGCUGUUGAUAUGGAGUAUGCUAAAAACAUGUAUGAACUACACAAGAAAGCAAAUAGUAGCGCACAGAUUGUUGGAUGGUAAGUCACAAUCACAUUGCCAAGAUUUGUUUUUCGCUUCGUGCGAACAAAUUCGCCUAGUCAGUGGAAAAUGGUUCUCAAUGCUUAUCAUUUUCACUGGUAAAGUUGUUCGCGCAAAGCGAAAAAAUAAAUGCGGCAAUGUAAUUAGUUAGGGGGAAAAUUCGCUGCGAAAAAGUAGGAUAAUGGUUCGUGUUCAGCCCAGUCUGCUGUAUCGUAUAGAUCUAAUCAGAUAACGCACGCUUAUAUGUGUUGUCACCACACUCAUAUGCCUAUAUAUACUGUCCAGUAUAUGUACGAAUUUGUAUGAUGUUAUAUGUGUUAGAUACAUAGGAUAGGAAAUACUCCAGAGGUGGUGGCCUUAUGGUCUAUAUCCCACAUCAACUGCAAUUUAAGGUUAGAGAUGAUAUUCAAAUUACUACCUCUGGUUUUCAUGAAAUCGAGUAUAUCUGGUUGGAAUUCCAAUUUCCUAAGUCUCAUUCUUUCUUUGUUGGCUUUAUAUAUCAACCAGACAACACAAGUCAAUGGCGUGACAAAUUUGAACAGUUACUCACUAUAAGGCUGAUAAUGAUUCUGGAGAAAUUGUGAUUCUAGGUGAUUUUAACUGCAAUACACUUGACAAAAGAUCAUAUAGACCACUCCAUAUCGUAUCACAAUUUCAGCUCAAACAACUUAUUGCUUGAUACUUGUGAUGUUACUCUGACUGUGUAUCCACACCGGGCAAGCUUGGAAAAUAUGCCUGGCCACGGUGGGAAUCGAACCUACGACCUUUGGAACACCAGCCCAAUGCUCUGGCUCAGAGCCAUUCGCCUGAGUACAUUACACCAACAGAGAAAAAAAACGUAUUGCUUGUUUUACUCACCCAUCUUCAGGUACUAUAAUCGAUCAUAUUUACACUUCUUGUACUGAAUCCGUUCUUAAAUCAGGCGUUAUUGAACUUGGAAUCAGUGACCACUUGCCAAUUUUCAUAACCCGCAAAAUUAUUCCUCGUUCACUUACCAGAAGAAGCCGCAAAAUUAUUGAAUUUCGAAAUACCCAACGUUUUGAUGAGGGCAAGUUUUGUAAUGAUCUAAAUAAUCCCCCCUCCCCCUACUUUAUUGAUAUCUUACGAUGAUCUCAACGACGUACUUGAUGCUUUCUAUGGUCAAAUAAACAUGCUCCAUUAAAAAAAAAACGAGUGAAUGACUAUUUCCUUAAAAAAAAAACUAGAAAGAGUACUGACCAAUCGAUAUCCUAUUAUUGGUCACAGUACAAAGUACAAAAAUUCCCAUAUAAAACAAGUUCUCGACAACAACUCUAAUAAUCCUAAGGUCAUUUUUUAAUUCCUAUUUCACCAACAUUGCCGAUAACUUUGACUUUGGCCAAACAACAAGCUGGGAUCCAUCUUCAAUAAACACAACAUGUAACUAAUUUGAAAUCCCCUUAAUGACUUUAGAAUACGUCUCUUCUUUUCUUUUCUUUUUUCUUUUCUUUUCUUAAAGUGGAAGUCAAGUCCGUAUGUAAACAAACUGCUGUAUUUUUUAAAAUAUGAUGUACUGUCUGAAUAUCUAACAUCAUUUUGGUUCGCCAUCCACAAGUCAGAGGAAACAACUAAUAGAGCAAAUUAUCGGCCUAUUUCUAUUCUUGCUAUUCUUUCUAAAGUCUUGGAGACUCGUGUUUGCAAGGCAUAUUUAAGUUAUCUAACGGCAACCUCGUACCCAGGUUCUCAAUCUUCGCUCCUACCUCGCUUGAAUUGAGACCCUGGUAUCGGCUGGUCACGUGACCCGUCAUAUUUUGGCGGAUUUGCUCAAUUGUUUUUAGGGAAAAGAUAGUAACUGAAUGUUAUUUUAACAAUAUUAAAACUACAAUAUCUACUUACUAUACUUUCCCUAAAACAAUUGAGCAAAUCCGCUAAAAUAUGACGGGUCACGUGACCAGCUGAUACCAGGGUCUCAAUUCUAGCGAAGUAGGAGCGAAGAUUGAGAACCUGGGUACGAGGUUGAUCUAACGGUCAAUUCCAUUCUGUCACCAGUCCAAUUUUGUUUUCGACCAAAGUAUCCAUGUCUUUCCUCACUUGCAAUAAUCCAUGAAUACCUUAUUAACAAUAUUUAAAUUUAUGGAUUAUUAAUGCUUGAUUUCUCCAAAGCGUUCGAUUUGGUUGACCACAAUAUUUUAUUACAAAAAAUCGGUUUAUAUGGAAUUACUGAAACUAGUGGCAAGUGGUUUGCCUCAUACCUAACCAACCGAAACCAAUCGCACACAGCAGGUCCAUCUGAAUGAUCAUUUGUCCAGCCAUUAAUUAUAAAUACUGGUGUUCCCCAGGGAUCUAUUCUGGGCCCUCUUUUGUUUUUAAUCUAUAUUAACGAUUUGCUGCAAUCUCUCGUGUACUCUGAUCCAAAUCUUUUUGCUGAUGACACUACACUUUUAGAACAUAAUUCUGACUUAACUGUAAUUCAAGAGAGCCUCUCCGAGAAUCUGACCAAUGUCUCUCAAUGGACGUCGAGUAAUCGAAUGAUAUUGAAUCAUAAAAAACCAAAUGUACGAAAAUUUACUCCAAGCGCAAAUUUCCAGCUCUAGGCUGUUGUUCAAUUGGACCUGAUUCUUCUUAUAUUGAAGAAAUUACGUCUGGCAAACUCUUAGGACUUACACUUGAUAGCCACCUUGUGUGGAUUUAUAAUCAAAUUGAUAAGAUAUAUUGCAAGAUUAACUCAAGAUUGUUUCUGUUCAACAAAUCCGUGAAGCUCUUCAUUUUGACUCCAGAAUCAAAUUUUAUUUCGGUCUAAUUUACCCUCAUUUUAUAUAUGGUAUAACUAUCUGGGGGUGAUGCUUCAAAUGAAGCUGCUCCAACCGUUAUUUAAGUUGCAAAAACGGACAGUGCGUCUAAUAUUAAAUGAAAGUGUGUCGACGCCAUCUGUUGUUAUUUUUCGUAAAUUAAAAUGGAUUCCAAUUCAUAAUCUUAUAAAAUUCCGUAAGAUCUUAGGCUACUUGUUGUUGAAAGUUUGCGUGGCGAAGGACCCACUGAACUUCGUAAUCUUUUUAAAUUUGCAUGUGAUUCAUACGAUAUAAACACUCGAGUUGCUAGUACGGAUCUAAGAAUUCCCAAAGUUGGCAUGGAGUUUGCAAAGACAAAACUGUCCCACAGUGGAGUUUUGCUUUUCAAUUCCUUGCCAACUGAGCUUAAACUAUUUAAUAACUAUUCUUCUAACUCCUUCAAACAAUUCUUCCUUGCAGCUGCUUCGAGUUGGGUUUAAAAAUGUAUAUAAAUUUUCAUUCGAAAAUUUCAUCUACUAAAAGUCCAUAUACUGUUUAUUCAGUCUGUCGAACGAGAUGGCUAAAUCUGUUAAUGUUUUAAAAUUAAAUGUCUUUCUAGGUAUGCCACUGGUGUUGACGUCACAGACCAUUCAGUCUUGAUACAUGAUUUUUACUCGCGAGAAACCGCUAAUCCAGUUCAUCUUAUCCUUGAUACCACAUUACAAAAGAAUACAUUGGGAAUAAAAGCAUAUGUGAGGUAAGUGCAUAUUGUAUCAAAUUAUUCUAUAAUACGCUAAGCCUUCAAAUAUGUUAACAAUCUUUAUGCAAGGCAAGAAUGUGAUAAAAUAAGCCCUGUACAGACCGACAAGGUUUCCUUGACAUGUUUUAUUCGUUUGUGCAUGUGUAUGCGGUAUUAAAUUGACAAGUAGUGUUUAAGCUCGUCACUCAAGAACAAGGAAAAUACACCCUUCCGGAAAGUACUUAGCCUUGGCAUACAGCCUCGUUUUCGGGAGAUAUCGGCUUUAAGGCCGUUUUCCACUAGGCGGAAUUUUGCGCGCGGAGCGGAAUUUCUCUUUGUCUUUUCUAAUUAGUUCCACCGGGGAAAUCACAAGACAAAGAAAAAUUCCGUUCCGCGUCGAAAAUUCCGCCUAGUGGAAAAUGGCCUUCAGAGACCUUGUACCUUAAUUAUAUAACGGUCUUUAUUAUAUAAAGGUCUUUGAAAUUACCUAAUAUGCUAUAUAACAGUAUGAUUUCAUAACUUGUGUAACCUGUGACAAGAUAAACGACUCUAAAGCCGAUUUCUUAAUUCCAAAAACGAGGCUCUAUGGCCAAGGCUAGGUCACAGAAUAGGGUACACAGAAGGCCGACUUCUUGGUUUUUCCUAUGAUUUUCCUAUGAUUUUGGCAUAACCCGUAAUACGUCAUCAAAUGCUGACGCCAUGGUCCUAGCCAGUGCGCGUUUGAGAGGCAUUCACCCCCUGAUAAUAUUCAAAAUGGCGGACGUGCAGGGGGGGAUGCCUCUCAAACGCGCACUGGCUAGGACCAUGGCGUCAGCAUUUUGAUGAUGAAUCAUGGCGUGGCAGCGGUUACUCGAGUCGACCUUCUGUGUGCCUUAUUCUGUGGCUAGGUAUUUUCCAGAAGUGUGUGUUGUACGUGUGUAAGGUAGUGAAGGAAAACGUGACGUCAAGUAAUUGUGCACUACGUCACUGCGCACUCGACUUCGGGCGGCCAUUCAUAGGCGUACAUGGGGGGGGGAGGGUCAGUUACCCCCAGUAGAAAAUGAAUUCGGUCAAAUUAUAAACAUAAUUCGGGCAAAAAUUGGGGAAAAUAACUUUAAAAAAGAAGACACAUGUAAUAUAGUUUUGAAAAUACCAGAAUGCAAUUCUUUACGUACUCAAACAACAAAGACUCAUAAAACUGGUCAAGAAAAAAAUGAUUGGAAAAAAGCUCGUUCCUCGUACCAUGGAUAAUAAGAUAAAUGGAUAGGUCUCGCUGACGUAAGCAAAAACAACCUAGUUGCAAUCUGUGACGUCACGCGUAUUGCAAAGUUCUCUGCAUUUUUGUUGUUUCGCUAUAUUUUCCGCCUUAAAAGAGUAAUAUUGAAACAUAAACUGGUCUAAUUGUUUUAAAAACAUGCCUAAGCCACGACAAAGUAUUCAAGGUAAAUGUUUUUCUUCUUUGUUUUGUAUUUUUUUUACAUUUGUAGCUACAAAAUUGGCGUCUCCAAUUUUAACGAAAUUUGGGAUGACUUUUCACUGUUUAGUGCUUGAAAUAUUUGCUAAAAUUGACUGGGAAUACUUAGCGAUUUCAUCGUAGAAUGGCGUAGUUAUAUUCAUUUGCUCGUUGACUAAAAUGUUUACUGUAUUAUUGCUAAACAUGCCCGGUUUUUGAGAAUUUGGUUUGCAACUAGGUUUCAACACCCAAUCACGCCAUCAGCCCAUUGAAAACAUUAGGUCACGUCAGCUAGUUUCCUAUCCAUUUAUUUUGAGCAAUAAAAGCUCGUCAAAGAACUUGUCAAGGAAAACUUGCUCGUCUGCACGUGGCUUUACAGUACUGUGUUUUAUUAUAUGUAGUUCAAAUAUUGGUGUUCCAGACGAAACAACGGAGGGAAUAUUAUUUUGUCCAGUUGAAUACGCAAUAUCAAAUAGUGGAGCUGAAAAAGUUGGAAGUAAGUUUUAUAAUUUGAAUAAAUUUGUAAACUCUUUACUUUAUAUAAUCACGACUUUCCUAGUCCAGACGACCAGAUCUGUUACCUCGCCUCAAAAGAUAUUGAUUCGGAUUUUGUAUGGAACUCUAUCGUGUCAAAUGAAUGUUUUCCUUCAACUGCACAUGACACAUGCAAUACUCCUUAAACGCCCGUUUACACUUGCAAUUUGUGCUGUGAUUUCUGGUGCGGUUUUCUUCUUCUGAUGGAUGUGAAAGAGUAAAUAAGUUAUGAAUGUUCUGAGUUUAUGUCUCGCUGAUGUACCCUCAUCUGAGCAUUCGUAACUCAUCCACUCGUUCACAUCCAUCAGAAGAAGAAAAUUGCACCUAAAAUUGCAGCAGAAAUUGCAAGUGUAAACGGGUCUUUAGUAUCUCAUGCUAAAGACGUAUUUUUGCAUUUAGUUGAAUGGUUAAAAAGAACAAGAACUUCCACUACAAAAAAUAUAUCUUUACCUUCAGACUUGCAAAAUAUAUUACAGUAAGUAUCAAUAAGUACUAGUUAGUCCAUGUAUUUUUUAUCCUCAGUGACAUAACUUAACACUUGCCCAGGCCAUGUAAAAUAACUUCGUGUUUGGUUUGGGAAAGAAAUGAAGCAAAUGCUAGAUAAAGCAUUCCAUCUCAGGUAUCACCCCCAAAUUGUAUAAAACUGAGUGGAACAUAGCUAAAGACAUUGUUCAGUUUGUUAGUACAUUGCAAAACAUAUUCCUACACUAAGGUCAGUAAGAUACCUGGUAAAUUCUAUUUAUGACGGACAUGGUUGAUUCAGAGCAAGCAUUUUUCAUAACUAACUUAUUGGUCAGGAAGUUAAUUUACAUCACUGACGAUUAUCACUAUCUUCACUUACGAUUUAAUAUUUGACAUAAAUCGCCGAUAAAACAUAUUAGUGGUUUGCAAUCAAUCCCUUGAGAUUUAUAUGGCAAAUGUAUGGUGGCCAUGUUGAAGGAAGACACGCUCCAGAUACAAUGGCUGCUAAUGAUAAUCUUUUGUUAGCGUUCUUCCAACAUUGCCAUCAAGUGCAAACUACGAAUUGCAUCAAGUACAAACCAAGUUGAUGUUUGAUGUUUUGCUUUGAUUGUAAACUUUUUGUUAACGUACCUUAUUAGAUCGACAGACAAAAUAUCCAAAAUGCUAGAACUUUUAUUGAAAUAUGUUGAUGAUGUUCUGGUGAGUAUGCCACAUGCAGCGGCAAAUUCUUUAUACUAAAUAUAAGUAGAUACUGUCAGUAUGUGAACCCUUGGUACCUGCAAAAUAACUGACAAUCCUGGGUGAAAAUGUCUUGUGCGCGUGUUUGUUGUUCCUUAUCAAAUCCAUGUUUUAUUUGGUAAGGCAAUUACAAAAACAAAAAUAAACUAGAGACAAAAUGAAACAAUACCAAGCAAGAUGACUGACUGGUUCUUUGCUGCCGUGGUUACGCACUUGGUCAACAGUCGCACAUUGAACCAUGAGUCACCAUGACCAAAGCCCGAUGAGCACCCCUACUAUCAGAUCUGGCUGGUUCCAUCUCUGAGGUGAAAACACAUGCACUGGUGACACAUACCUUGCGCUGUGCCACCCACACACCAAUCCUAUUUAGCAAUUUAUUGGAUAAUGUCCAAGAGUGCGAAUCCCAUGUGAAUCAAUACAGUAUAUUACAGUUCACUACUGUAUAUUACAGUAUAAUACAGUAUAUUACAGUUCACUACUGUAUAUUACAGUAUAAUACAGUAUAUUACUGUUCACUACUGUAUAUUACAGUAUAAUACAGUAUAUUACAGUUCACUGCUAUAUUACAGUAUAAUACAGUAUACUGUAUUAUACUGUAAUAUAGUAGUGAACUGUAAUAUACUGUAUUAUACUGUAAUAUACAGUAGUGAACAGUAAUAUACUGUAUUAUACUGUAAUAUAUUACAUAAUAUAUUACUUAUUUCAAUGUAUAUACUGUUUUCGAACGUACAAUUUAGAUAUUUGGUGAGUCAAAAUAGCUCGAGACCGAAGGACGUAAUAUAUUACGUCCUUCGGUCUCGAGCUAUUUUGACUCACCAAAUAUCUAAAUUGUACGUUCGAAAACAGUAUAUACAUUGAAAUAAGUAAUUUUGUUCAGACGGGUGAAAUACCAGCUAACAGUACUGUUGGAAGAAUGUUGAUGAAUCUCGUUGACUCAGUACCACAAAUAAAAUCUCAAGAAUUUGAAGCUAUGAUGAACAAUAAUAUGCAGGUAGGAGGAAAUUGAUGGUUCGAUUUAUUAAUAAGGCAAUUAGUUGAGUGUGUUCGAAAUAUCGCAACUACUCUUUUUAGACCCUCUCUCUUUUUCUCCUAAAAAUGAUUUUGGCGCGGAGACAUUCGUGAAACAUGGCAAGAAACAAUGUUUUACCAACAAUGUUUCGUAGUCUUCCCUGGCCUCCUAGGUCCGACAACCAGAAUUAUAUGUCUGUCUGAAAACCAAGUUUAAUAAAGUUUUACGUGCAUGGAAAUUCCAGACAAGUUAUGGGCAGAAAAAACAACUAUUGGCCCUCCAGCCAUAUGCUUAUAAGAUUGUAUAACAAAAAUCUUCUAUUAAUCCCCCCGAUGGCUUCUUUAUUUCAGCCAGAUUUGAGGGUACGGUUUAUUGUAGAAGGGCCUUAAUAGACUGAGGGGGUUUCCGAUUUAGCCGAGACAUAGUGAAUGUAACUAACGCCGAAAAUUAAAAUGAACUUCCUUUAAAAAAAGAUUGCGGUAUUAGCAUCUUAUACAUGAUUUUAUGUUUUGUUUAAGCUUGUUCGUCAGUAUACUAUACUUAAUGCAGUAUUGUUUUUUUGUUUUUAACAUUCAGGAUCUGUUGAUGAUCUGUUACUUAGCAAGUGUGACAAAAUCCCAACUGUCAUUUGGACAAAAGAUUAAUCAAGUGACUACAUGAAAUCCGUUCUAUACGCGGUUGUAAGUAACAUUUUAUGUAGCUAAUAACGUAAUAUAAUUAUUUGCCAAUAAAUGCAUGUAUUGAAGUUGAAACGAGUUUAUCUUCCUUACUGUAAAACAGAGUGGGAAACAAACUAAAUGAAACAGUACAAAAAAUAUUGAUGAGCUGGAAUUAAUAUCGACUACAUUGGUUUUAGUUUUAUUAUUCUUUGCCAGCCUCGUACGUACGAGGAUGAUUCUUUGCCGUCUUAUAAAUACUAAAAGGCUGGAAAACACUUAUUAAUACACAUUAGAAACAACGUCGUUAAUUUACAGUUCGGCAGCAGUUCGACCGGAGGAAAUUUUGUCCCAAAAUAACAAUUUGGAGAUGCAUGUUAAUAACAAAUGGAUUAUGUGAAACCUGAAGUAUAUCAAUGUAUUAUUAUUUGGUGGAUUAUUUACAUCAUAUAGUAAAUUAUUAGUGUUUGACAACCAUUGGAAAAAAAUUGCCGUCGAUAAUUUUACUUUCGGUGCCAAUUAUAAUGGCCGUAUUUAUAUUAUAGAAGACGGCUUUAACGUAUGAGACGACGUAACCGUCUGAGACGUUAAAGUCGUCUAAUAUACCAUGUAAAUACAGGAAAUUAGACAGACGAAUAAAGAAUUAACGUCGUCUGUUAAGUGCGUCCAAACGACGCACUUAAACAGACGUGUUAGUUGUCUUAGACGUUUAAUUCGUCUAGUACAAAUACGAGACGACUAAAGUUGGACGCAAGUAAGGAAACACUACAGAAGGUUGUCAAAUUAAAACAUUUUAUAUUUUCUUGGUUUCAUUCGAUAGUAGUAGUUUCCAACUGUUCAUCUCGUAUUUAUAUUAGUCGCACUUAACACAAGACGUUUAAGACGUCUUCUAAUAUAAAUACGGCCAAAUUAUCAGUGGCAAUUGCCGUUUGCUGCCGCAAAUGACGAGGACUGGGG